AUGGUCAUCGGCUCGGGUUCUGCCCGCAUGGGAUUGAGAGAUCUGGUCAAGCGAUCCAGUGGAAUAUCUCGAAGCGGAGAAACUUCGCGAGCCAGAACAGUGUCCAUCUCUCGUCGGCGCUUAUCAAGGCAGUACUACAUUCUCACGCACGCUGGCAAGCUCGUGUUCGCCUCCGGAGAGAACGAGCAGGUUCAAAGUCUGAUGGGUGUUGCUCAAGCCCUUGUCUCGAUCUAUGCCGCUGAGGAUGACCGUCCUAGAUCCAUCAUUCGCGGUAAAUCUCGUAUAUCCUUCCUCCUCAAAGCGCCCCUAUACCUCUUCUGCGUCAGCGAUUGGGGCGAGCCAGAACACGUUCUUCGCACACAUCUGGAAUACAUACAUCUGCAAGUCCUCUCGAUUGUCACCUCUACACAGCUCGCGAAGGCCUUCCAGCGUAGGAGCAACUUUGACCUCUCGAGAUUGCUGGAAGGCACCGAGCACUUCCUUCACACCCUGAUCAAACGGGCGCAGCACGACUUCAGCUAUCUCACCUCCAGUCUGGAACCUCUGCGGAUGGCGCCCUCGCUUCGAGAGGCGGCUGCGGCGGCAUUGAUGCCUCCGGCAAAAUUUAGGGACCUGCUCUACGUUCUGCUAAUCGCCAGCGGCCGCAUUGUCACCCUUCUUAGACCCCGCAAACAUUCCAUACAUCCUUCAGACUUGCACCUCCUGCUCAACACACUCGCAGCCUCACCCACGCUUACAUCGUCUGAGACAUGGAUACCCAUCUGCUUUCCUAAAUUCAACCCCGCAGGCUAUGUUCAUGCCUAUAUCAGUCCUGUGACUGAGGAUAUAACGUUGGUAUUCAUCAGCGCCGACCGGGAAGCCUUCAAUGACUUGCAAGGGUGGAAGGACAUCGUCGUUGAGAAACUCGCUCGGGACCAAACCUUGAGCAGGAUCUCACAAGCAAUUCCACUCCACUCGUAUUCUGUUUCCGCGGUGUCGUUACCCGGGCUCUACCACUUCAUCUAUAAGUCCCGUCAGAGCAUCCAAAUCACGGCCCCAUCCUGGGAGCCGCCAUACGACGGUGCAGCUCGAGAUCGCCUCAUCACCCUCUAUCAGCACCUGCAUGACUCGUUGCACGCGAAAGCCGGCCAAGCGGAACCGCUUCGGCUCGUUUAUGUCAAGACACAACACGAAGCCUGCCUCGGUUGGAUGACCAAACCUUUCGAAUUGUACAUGGCGGUCUCACCGCACUUGUCCAAGGCUGCCGUUGUGAGUGCUGCCAAUGCAGUGGCGACCUUUAUGAGCAAGGAGGAAGCAAGGGUGUUCAUCAAGGAUGCACCAGUAUUCUAG